CCGCGAUCAUCAUCACAGCCGUGCCAAGCUGCAACGACUUCUAUCUGGCCCACAAUCAUUCCAUGAUCCUGUGUUGCCUUGCUUAACAACCACCAUGUCGUCUCAAGUCGUCCGCCGCACAUCACAGCUACCUUGGAAGGCUAUUGCCUUGACGCUCAAGAUCUACGACCAGGCAAAGUCGUCGGUGUUCUGGAAUGUAUUUUGGAAUUAUGUACUCGUGAGGGCGUUCUGGACUCUCAGAGCAAAAGGAUUUGCUGGCGUUGCAGAUGACGCGAAAACAUGGAUUCUCGAGCUCUUCACGAAAAUCGCCUUUCGCAUACCGCCAAUCAAGAGAAAGAUUGACAAAGAGAUGGCAAAAGUUCGGGAUGAUAUCGAAGCAAAGAUCGCGCCUCGGGGACCUGGGAUUGUUCGACAUCUGGCGAUACCGCUGGAGGGAAAGACACCAAAGUGGAUCGAAGACGAGAUGGAGCGUAUGGACAAACAGGAGCGCGGUGAUAUAUGGAAGGAGGGCAAGAUGUCUGGCGGGAUCUAUCAUGGGGGAGAGGAACUGAAUGAUCUCCUUGUCGCUGCGUUCAAGAAGUUUGUGGUCAGCAAUCCCCUGCACCCGGAUGUCUUCCCCACCAUCAGGAGAAUGGAUGCAGAGAUCGUUGCCAUGUGUCUUCGCAUGUACAACAAUCCGUCGGGUGCAGGCACCACCACGAGCGGUGGCACAGAAUCAAUCUUGAUGUCUUGCAAGGCACAUCGUGAUUGGGGGCGGGCUGUGAAGGGUAUCAAAGAUCCCGAGAUCGUUGUCCCUGUCUCUGCACAUGCUGCCUUCUACAAGGCCGCCGCUUAUUUCAAGAUGAAGGUGCAAAUGAUUCCCGUGGAUCUUAUAACGCGAAAGGUCGAUAUUGAGCGUGUGAGGAGAGCAAUCAACCCAAAUACAGUGCUGAUUGUCGGUUCGGCAGUCAACUUCCCUGAUGGCUGUAUGGAUGACAUCGGUGCUUUGGCGAAAAUGGCGAAGAAACACAAGGUUGGCAUGCAUGUCGACUGCUGCCUUGGUUCUUUUAUUAUGCCUUUCCUGGAAAAGGCUGGUUAUCCGGUCGAUCCAUUCGACUUCCGUCUGGAAGGCAUCACUGCUAUUUCUUGCGACACGCACAAGUAUGGUUUUGCACCGAAGGGAACUUCUGUGAUCAUGUAUCGCGAUGCUGAGUUGAGGACAUAUCAGUAUUUCAGCAUGCCGAGCUGGCCCGGCGGGCUGUACGGAAGCCCAUCUAUGGCAGGUUCCCGUGGUGGUGCAGUUCUUGCUGGAUGCUGGGCGGCGAUGCAAUAUAUGGGGCAAGACGGUUAUCUCAAGUCAUGUAAGGAAAUCGUCGGCUGUCGCAGGCAGAUCGAACUCGCGAUUCGGGACGAUAUCCCCGAGCUCGAAGUCCUGGGAGAGCCGUGCGGGCCGGUCGUCGCCUUCACGUCCGAUAUUAUCAGCCCGAUGGAAGUAGGUGACGCGAUGGGGACGAGGGGUUGGCACCUCAAUGCGCUGAACGGACCUCCCGCGGUGCACAUCGCUUGCACACGCCUCACGGUCCCGAAUGUUGAGCAGUUCAUCGCCGACUUGAAGGACGCUGUGGCCGAAGUGAAGGCGAACCCGUCGAAGAAUAAGGGCACGAUGGUAGCACUCUACGGGCUGGGCCAGUCCACUGCCAUCGGCCCGGCGCUCGUGACCCAAGUGGCGAACGCUUACCUCGAUACGAUGUACCUCGCGUGAUUCGGGAUGGAGGCCGGUGGACGGGCGGCGGAUGGCGCGGAACGUUCGUGGUUUCAUAGAUUGCGAUACAGUGGGGGACCUUGGUAAGGGACGUGGCGAGUGGACAUAGGGCAACCAAAGUCAAUUGUGGCAGGUUGUUCUGGACCUUAAUUCCUCCGAUUCCUUGCCACCUUCUCUGAUCCACCUGUGAUGAAGAGCCAUUGUGUUGCUUCUUGUGUAUUAAUAUUAAUACAUUGGAUUGGAUACCGG